GAUGCUGGGAGCCAGGCGGCUUCUCUAGCCCCCGGAGGACUCGACUUACUGGUGCGCACUGACGAGGAAGUUUCUCCGCCGAGGUUUUCCCCAAACGACCCGACGCUGGCAGCGAGCUGCUAUCACCUGCUGUGGGGCACUGUGCGCUUCGUCUUGAACUCUGACCCUUCGGAGUAGUGCGACCGGACGUCCUCAGGGAUGAAUUGAAAGAGAUACAAAGGCCUGUAAAAAGUCUUUGGAAAUAGCUUUGAACAUUUCAGUGACAUGCAAGCAGUUAAAUAGGCAUUGUGAAUCAGGUUUCUGUCUGCCACUAAACUCUGCCCAAAAGUUGAAGCAUCAUCCUUUGAAUUUAAAGAUCAUGUGCAUAUAAAAGACGAUGUCCUUUCAAUUUAACUUCCCAAUUGGUGACCAUCUGGAAAAUAAAUUAAUACCUGUUGGAGAUGGAGCUUUGACCUUGGAUUCCACAAAAGAAUCAUCAGUUUCAAGAAGUCAAAAAGGAAAACAGAAGGAUGGAAAAUGUUCUACAGGACAGACUGACUUGCCUCAUGGUCUCUUAGGGGAGUGCAUAUCGUUGGGAAAUGCAGCUCCCUCUCAAUACCUUGACAGUCCACUUAAUGUAACUAACAGUUCAAAUGAUCUGGAGUCAUAUGAGAAACAGCCCUCCUCGACUGCUGCCAAAGAACACGCUGUGCCUAAAGAUUUAAAGAAGGUACUAGAACAUAAAGUCACAGAAGAGCUCUCAGGUCUCCAGCAUGUUAACUUGUCUGUAGUAAAAACUAUGUCAUUGAAAGAGUUCAUUGGAGACAACAUAGCUUCAAAAAGCUUUUCUUCUCAUUCUGAUCUGAUUCCAGGUGUUUAUGAAGGAGGAUUAAAAAUCUGGGAAUGUACCAUUGACCUCCUGGCUUAUCUCACAAAAGCCAAAGUGAAGUUUUCUGGGCAAAAAGUGCUGGAUCUUGGCUGUGGGUCAGGGUUGCUUGGUAUAACUGCAUUCAAAAGAGGGGCCAGAGAAAUUCAUUUUCAGGAUUAUAACAGUUUCGUGAUUGAGAAGGUGACCUUACCUAACGUAGUUGCCAACUUCACUUCGGAAGAUGACGAGAAUGGUGUAAAUGAGCCAGAUGUGAAGAGAUGCAAGAAGUCACAAAUAGCCCAAGAAAUAUGUAAAUGUCGGUUCUUUUCUGGGGAGUGGUCUCAGUUUUGUAAACUUGUAUUAACUGAUAAACACUUUGUAAAAUAUGACCUCAUUCUCACUUCAGAAACCAUUUACAAUCCAGAGUAUUACAGUUCAUUGCACCAAACAUUCCUCAUACUGCUGGGUAAGAAUGGUCGGGUGCUUUUGGCUAGCAAAGCACAUUAUUUUGGUGUUGGUGGAGGUAUUCAUCUCUUUCAGAAAUUUGUAGAAGAAAGAGAUAUAUUUAAGAUUAAAACACUUGAAAUAAUUGAUGAAGGUCUAAAGAGGUUCCUAAUUGAAGUGACAUUUAAACAUCCCAAUUAAUAUCACUGAGUCUCCUGACGAAAUAAACAGAAUGACCCAAAA